GUGGUGGUGCAAAUUGCAAUUUUGGUGUACCAAAAAACCAAAAGUGAAGAAAAUCGAAGUCAGUGAGAAUAUUUUUUUUAAAUUAUUUCGUGUUAUUUUAGAUAAAAAAAAAUCUAAAAAAUAUUUCCUUCAUUAUAACGGGAAAAUGCAAAGUAAAGAGCACACAAAAUACAAGUGUUGAUGAAGUGAAGAGGACGUCAAACGACGACGACGAACGAAGAAAAAAAAGGGAGAAUCAUUUAUACAGCAAGCAGCAGUUUUUAUUUUUUCAACAGGAGAAAAUCGAAACGAAAAAAGAGAACUCCCAGGCAAUUAAAAAAAAAGAAAAUUUAUCAUCAUUGGAUUUGUGGAAAAGGCACGAUUUUGGAUGGAAAUUAAACCUAAAGUACACGGCUACAAGUGAAAUAUAACAAAUUUAGAUAUAGAGAUUUUCACCAUCAUCAUAUAAAAAAACCGAGGAACAGCAGUAGUAGUAGUAAAAAAUUGGAAAAACAAAAAAAAAAGAAAAAAAAAAUAAGAAUAGAAAAAAAAAACAGCAACAGCCACUCUUUUUUUUAUACAAAUAUAACAAAAAAAAAUUUCUUUAAUAUAAAACCAAAAAAAUAUUUGUAAAAAACCGACACAAAGAUGAACGAGUUGGAUAGUUUGAGACAAGAAGCUGAAACCCUUAAGAAUGCCAUACGCGAUGCCCGUAAAGCGGCCUGCGACACAAGUCUGGUCCAGGCGGCCUCGUCUUUGGAACCCAUUGGACGUAUACAGAUGCGUACCAGACGUACACUUAGAGGACAUUUGGCGAAAAUCUAUGCCAUGCACUGGGGCAACGAUUCGCGGAAUUUAGUAUCAGCUUCUCAGGAUGGUAAACUGAUUGUUUGGGAUUCGCACACCACCAACAAAGUCCAUGCCAUACCACUGCGUUCGUCGUGGGUGAUGACGUGCGCGUAUGCGCCCUCCGGCAGUUACGUCGCCUGCGGCGGUCUUGACAACAUGUGUUCAAUUUACAACCUGAAAACGCGCGAGGGCAAUGUACGAGUCUCUCGUGAACUGCCCGGUCAUGGUGGCUAUUUGUCAUGCUGCCGUUUUCUGGACGACAAUCAAAUCGUCACCAGUUCCGGCGACAUGACAUGCGGCUUGUGGGACAUUGAAACCGGCCAACAGGUAACAUCAUUUCUGGGACAUACCGGCGAUGUAAUGGCUCUAUCGCUGGCGCCCGGCUGCCACACCUUCGUGUCGGGCGCUUGCGAUGCCUCCGCAAAACUGUGGGACAUACGAGAGGGAGUCUGCAAACAGACCUUCCCCGGCCACGAGUCCGACAUCAACGCCGUGACAUUCUUCCCCAACGGUCAGGCGUUCGCCACCGGCUCUGACGAUGCAACUUGUCGCUUGUUCGACAUACGCGCCGAUCAAGAGCUCGCCAUGUACUCGCACGACAAUAUCAUCUGCGGCAUUACAUCGGUGGCAUUUUCAAAGAGUGGUCGUUUGCUGUUAGCUGGUUACGAUGACUUCAACUGCAAUGUUUGGGACACAAUGAAGGCCGAACGUUCGGGCAUACUCGCCGGUCAUGAUAAUCGUGUUUCAUGUCUGGGCGUCACCGAGAAUGGUAUGGCAGUAGCAACGGGUUCAUGGGAUUCAUUCUUGCGUGUAUGGAACUAAAUACCAACUUAAAAUUUAAGUAAUACAGCAACAACAAAUACAACAACAAAACAUACACACAAACACACACAACAGCCUACAACAAAAUGAAAUGAAAAAAAAAAACAAGAAACCUAUUUACUACUACAUAUAGUUUAAAACGUAUAAACAAAUAAAUGCCGUGGUCACUCUACAAUACAAUACAACAACAACUACAACAAAAAGUCAGGUUUGAGGAUUUUUUUCAAAAAGGGACAUGCAACCAAAACAACAACUACAACAACAAUAUAUUAUAUUAUAUAUAUGUGUAUUUCUAUAUAAAACAUAGAUUCUUAUUUUUUAUUUUUUAAUAUAAACACUAGUCUUUAAGUUUUGAGUAUUUCUGGUAACCCAACAAAUCUAAAUAAGCUUAAAAACAACAAAAAAAACCAAAAACAAAUCUUUACUUCUUUUACUUAAAACAAAAAAAGAAAUUUUAUUAAAAUAAGAAGAAAAUCAUUUUCUUUUUCCUAAUUUUUAUAAUGGAAAUUUUUACGUACAAUUUUGCACAAAUCUUAUUAAAAACAUACAUACAAUACAAAACAAAACAUUAAGAACACACAAAACUGUAAACUUAUAAAUCUUAAGAAAUACUCAAUAUCUUGUUUUAUUAUAAAAAUCAAAAAUUAGAUGAUUGUUUUUCUGUUUUAUAUACAUUUUUUUUUUUUUAAUAUUUUUUAAACAUUUAUUUCUCACUUAAUGUGUAAGCUUGAAAAUUGAAAUGUAAUGUAAGGAGCAAUUACAUUAUAAGUUUUUUUUUUGUUUGUUUAUGGACAGACCACCAGCCACACACAACACAUACACACAGUAUUUCCUAACUAAAUAUUUACAUAUUAAACACUAUUUAAAAUAAAAAAAAAAAAUACAAAAAUCAAAUAUUUUAAUGGUAGUUUUUGUAUAUUCAAAAAGUGGUGUUGGGGUUAAAUUUUUGGAAAUGUAGUUUAAGCUUCCAUCGUUCUAUUAGAAGAAGAAUCCUUUGGUUUAUAAUUACGUGACGAUUAAAAGACCAAAAGUGAACGGAAAAAUUUGCAGCAUUUCAUGUAGCAAUUCUGUUUUGAUGGAGUCCAUUGAGAACCGAUCAUUUCGUUUUAAUUAAGUAACAGUAUUCUUACAGUUACAACUUCAAAACAUCAUAAAUAUGUUAUUUUGAAAUUAAUUUCAAAAUUAUUUAUUUUGUUUGAAAGAUAUGAGUUUUACCUUUUAAACAGGAAACGAUUUGUAAAAUUCCGUUUGAAAAUAGCUGAGUAAAUGUAUUUUAAAAUCAGGAUGAUCUCCAACUAAAGCAAAAUACUGUCAGCUGGGUUUUUUUUAAAGAACACUCAAGCAUUUGUAAGAAAAUCCCGAACAUGUUAUACAAAUUAGCAUAACUCAUUUAUUUUUUAAUAGAUUCUUAUUUACUUUUCACUAAAAUUAGAAACAAAACAUAUGUUACUGCCUCACGAUCAUCAUAAAACGUGAAGAAAAUUAAAAUUUUUGCAUAUAAAAAAAUAUUUUUCUUUCGAUUUCAGUAAAACUCAGAAAUGUUCCUUUAAAAAAUGUGAAAAUUCUAGAAAUAAACUUAUUGUUAAAUAUUUUAGUGGAAUAUAUUUAUAAAUUAUUAAUUUCCACAACAAUUUAUACGCAUAAAACACAUACACACAGUUCGAGUUUAAUUUGAAAUGCCUACUAUAGAACUAACGCACAAUUGUCCGCACAAUUUAUGAAAAUGACAGUCUAGGUAAACAAUUUUAAACCGGAAAAGUUAAUAAAAUUACAACAAUAAUAUUCUAGAAAGUUUCUGCAAAUAUACAGACAGGCCUUUCUCACAUUUCGUUUGGAAUAGUUUCAAUUCUAUACAUAUUUAUUAUUCCGAUGUUUUAGCUUCAAUGAUUUGUCAAAAUUUAAGAAAAAUAAAUAAUUACAAACUAAUAUCAGUUCCACUUAGAAAACUGAAAUUGGUUUCGUUUUACUAUUUCUGAAGGAGCAAAUUGGGAAAUUAAUUCCACUUUCGAUCGGCUUUUUUUUAAAUUUUAUUUCACUAGAUAUUUUUAUGGCAUUUAAUGAGUUUAUUCAUGAAGAUUAGGAAGAAAAUUUUAAAUUGAGAAAAUUUGUAAUUUAUAUUGAUUCAAGAAUUUUUAGGUUUUGAGAAAAAGGUUUAGAAUAUAAACUAAGGAUUUUUUAAAAGUUUUCAUUUUGUGUAACUUUCUGCUAACUUUAGAAAAUAGUUUAACAAAUUACAGAUUUAUGUACUUGUGCAUGGCUGGCUGGCUAACAAACAUUCCUUAAAACAACAAAAAAAAACUUAUCAAACAAAAAUCUCAAUAACUCCUUAAUAUGCUAUUUUGUUUUUCUUGGCUUAAUUAACAAAAAAAAAAUAAAUAAAAAAAUAAACAUUAUUGUACGUUGAAAAUAAAAAUCCCAAUAAAUUAUUUAAAUAGCUUAAAAAACGA